AACCGGGAAAACAGAAACGCCCGGCCUCCAUCCACGGAAAACAAAUAUCCUCAACAAAUUCCCCCCCUUCCCUUCUCUUCUUUCCCAAGUGCGGCUCUGCUCCUGAUCUCGCCCUCCAUUGGUGGGCGCCUCCACUUCCACGGCCUCUAUUUAAGAAGGCUCCUUGCUCCACCAUCCUACUCACCACUCACCGCAGCCCCGAUCGCCUCACCAGGAGCUGAGCUGAGCUGCACCGACUGGAUCGAUGCUAAUGGUUUCGUGCGUGUGCUAGUGGUGGCUUAGCGCAUUAGCGGCGGAGAGAGGUUUGGUACGAUCGAGCUGGAGGAGGUGAGGCGCGGCACCACAUGUUGAGUGGACAGCCGGCGGCCAGUGGUAGCAGCAGCACGAGCAGGGAGCGGCCGCAGCGGGUGAUCGAGGAGGAGGAGGAGGAAGAGGAGCCGGAGUUCAGGGACAUCCACGCGCUGAGCCCGCCGCGCGCGCCGCAGUCGUACCGCCGGAGCCGGGCCGGGAGCAGGGACUCGUGGGGGAGCAGGCACACGUCGAUCCGCUCCGUCGGGAGCGACACCGCCCCCAGCGAGCCCUUCCCUAGCAUGAGCAGGGAGUUCUCCGCCAUGGUCGCCGCCGCAGCCUCCGCCAACGCCGCCUCCGCAGAAGCUAGCCGGGCGAACGGGGAGGACGAGAUGGGGCGGAUCGGGGAGGAGGCCGAGGUGGAGGAGACGAACCCGCUGGCGAUCGUGCCGGACAGCAACCCCAUCCCCUCGCCGCGCUGGGGGACGGCGACGGCGAACACGCCGCGUGCGUCUGCAGCGGGCGGCGAGGUGGCGGUGGCGGUGGCGGCGGGCGGCGCCGGACACGGGCAGGGCGACGGGGUGUCGGUGGGGCAGGUGAAGAAGGAGGAGGUGGAGUGCAAGAUCGCCGCGUGGCAGAUCGCCGAGGUCGCCAAGGUCAACAACCGCUUCAAGCGCGAGGAGGUCGUCAUCAACGGCUGGGAGGGCGACCAGGUCGAGAAGGCCAGCGCCUGGCUCAACAAGUACGAGAGGAAGCUGGAGGAGAAGCGGGCCAAGGCGAUGGAGAAGGCGCAGAACGAGGUGGCAAAGGCCCGGCGGAAGGCAGAGGACAAGCGCGCGUCGGCGGAGGCCAAGAGGGGCACCAAGGUGGCCCGCGUGCUGGAGCUCGCCAACUUCAUGAGGGCCGUCGGCAGGGCGCCCACCAAGCGCUCCUUCUUCUGAGCUCUCAGCUCCCCCUCCCGGCCUCCUCCGCUUUGCUCGCUCGCCGUCGUCGUUGGAUCGUUCACCGCUUCGCUUCACGGGAGGGCCAGUUAGCACUGUUGCGUGCUCCUGUGGUUGCUGCUUGCUGUGUGGAACUCUUGUUUUAGUGCUGUAUCCACAUGUAUGGUGUAUCAUCUUCAUCAUCAUCUCUUCUUCUUUUUUGAAGCUUUUCUUUCCUUCUUGUUCUUCCCGUGCUUGUGUGCUUGAUAUGGUGUACUGCAAAGUGGAGGGAACAUACAGAGAAGAAGUACAUAGGCAUAAGAUUGGAGGGUGUGCUCUUCCCUGCAGAGCGUAUGGGCAAGAGCUGCCUGUAUUUUGUUUUGUCAUCAAGGAUUAUGUAUUGUCAAUAUGAACAAGAUAAGCAGUUAACUGUACUGUUUAAUUAUUUGUGUACA